AAUAUUAUUUUUAUUUUCAUCGUCGUGGCUACGGUAUCCUGUUCUUUUAUAUUCAGCGAGCCUUCCAAGUCACGAGGAGUCGCUAGCUCUCUCGAUGGCGCUUUCUUCUCUGCCCUCACAAUCUCAUUUAAAAAGGCUUUCAGGACCACCCUCUGCUUCUCAUUUAAGUACAUUUCGUUCCUUUGGCUUAAAUCUUAAAACAUUUGGGAGGUAUAAUCUACAUACAAAACACUCAAACAUCAGCAAAUUUUUAAGAGUCAAGAUGGGUUAUACAGAAAGUACUCUGCAAAAGGAUGCUAAUUCUUCCAUCAGCCUUCCUCCUCUCCCAGAACAACGAAUUGUGGUGGGAUGUGGCACUGUUGCAACCGAUUACCUUGCAACUGUAGCUGCCUUUCCAAAGCCUGAUGAAAAAAUUCGGUCUACAAAUUUGCAGGUCCAAGGAGGUGGGAAUGUUGGUAAUGCGUUAACUGGAGCAGCAAGGCUAGGGCUAUGUCCUCGUAUAAUAUCCAAGGUUGCUAAUGAUGCUCCAGGAAGAGGAAUUCUAGCUGAAUUGGAAGCUGAUGGGGUCAAUACUUCUUACAUUGUGGCACUGAAAAUGCAGGUUUCAGAAACAGGAAAUUCGCCAUUCACUUAUGUUAUUGUUGAUGAACAAACGAAGACACGUACCUGUAUUCAUUCACCUGGAAGUCCGCCUAUGAUUCCAGAAGAUCUUUCUGCAGAAAGCUUAUCAUCUGUUUUGACAGGAGCGAGAAUUGUGUACUUUGAUGGGCGUCUUCCGGACAUAGCUCAUAUUGUUGCAAAAGAGGCAUCAGAAAGGCAGUUACCAAUUUUUGUGGAUGCGGAAAGACUGAGAGAAGGUUUGGAUGAGUUGCUGAAUGUGGCAACUUAUGUUGUGUGCUCAGCAAAUUUUCCUCAGGCCUGGACGGAGGCACCGUCUAUUGCAAGUGCACUUGUUGCCAUCGCUCUAAAAUUACCUCAUCUCAAGUUUGUAAUUGUCACUCUGGGUGAGGAAGGAUGCAUAAUGCUUGAGAAAAACAUGCAAGUCAAUCCGCUUCCAACAGGAAGCAGAGAUGGUGAGAACAUAGAUGUAAACAUUAUGUUGGAGUCACUUCAGAAGAAAGGCAAAGAGAUCAGUAGUAUUUUACCAAUUUCUGUUUCUUCAGAGGUAGGAAGUCUGAAAGCGCCUGGGAUAGGGAGCGUCGCUGGAAGACUGCUUAUAGGGACAGCUGAGGCCAUCCCUCCUGCAGAUCUUGUGGACACCACUGGAGCAGGGGAUGGAUUCAUUGGCGCUGUCUUAUAUGCCAUUGCUGCCGGUAUGCCACCAGAAAAUAUGCUUCCCUUUGCUGCCAGAGUGGCGGCAGCAGGAUGCAGAGCCCUUGGAGCUAGGUCUGGGUUGCCACACCGCAGCGAUUUGCGUUUGACUCCAUACUUGGUUUGAAUUCUGUGUCUAGCCAGAAUUGUUGUGGGUAGGCAAGAGGUCCCUCAAUAUUCUUUUGAAUAUUGUUGUAAUCAGGAUAAGAUUGACUUCUAAUGUCCUAAAUCAAAUUGUAAGUUAUGGAAUCUUUCAUUUUCCGAGGUUUUCAAGUUAUAAAUGUUUUUAAAUUGAAAUUAGUUUUGUAUGUGCAGUAAUUAUGGCCUAAGGUUUCAAUAGAGGGAGGGCUCAUGCUUUCCUCCAUUUUCAUAUAGA